AUGACAUUGAUAAUCAAGCCAUCGUUAGCUUAGCAAAAAAUGCUGAUAUAUCCGGCAUAAGAACACUUGGUGUUCUUACAAAACCUGAUACCAUUGAAGAGGGUACUCAUGAUAAAUGGUUAAAAAUAAUGAGGAAUGAAGCACAUAAGCUCGAUUUAGGAUAUUUUGUGUUUUUUGAACAAGGGUUCUGGAAAACCCUUCAUAUAAGAGAGAGAAUUGGUGUAGUCAAGCUAAGAUUAAAAUUAUCGGACUUACUGAUUCAAUCCAUCAUAAGAGGAUUACCAUCAGUAAGAAAAGAGAUCGAAGAAAAGUUGAUUGAGACACGUCAAGAGCUCGAAAAAAUUCCUGAACAAUUAAGUGAUAAUCCGAGCAUUGAGAUUUAUAGAAUGGCCAAACAAUGUUGCUCAAUCAUUAAAGCAAAAACUGCGUGUUCAAAUAAUCAAAUAGACUUAUGGCA